GCUGGGCAUGGAGGAGCCCAAGAGGAGCCCGCUCCCGUUGAAGCGAGGGGACCUCGGCCCGGCCCUGGGCUCCCGCGGCUGCCCCCAGGCCGCUCUCGCCGGGCGCGGAGCAGAGGACGAGGCAGGAUAAGGGGAAGCGGCCGCCGGGGCUUGUCACCUGCCGGCCCAGGCCCGGGACGGCGGGCUGCCUCCAUGGGGAGGGCUGGCUGUGGCUCGCCUCGCCUGUGCGUGCGGUGGGCAGCGCUGCUGCUAGCGCUGUGGCCCUGCUGCGCCCACGGGAACUGGAUGUGGCUGGGCAUCGCCUCCUUCGGGGGCCCGGAGAAGCCGGGCUGCGCCGGGCUGCCGCUGAGCGGCCGCCAGAAGGAGCUGUGCAAGAGGAAGCCCCACCUGCUGCCCAGCAUCCGCGAGGGCGCGCGGCUGGGCAUCCAGGAGUGCCGGGGCCAGUUCAGGCACGAGCGGUGGAACUGCCUCCUCCUGCCCCCCGACUCCGACGCCGCCUUCUCCGUCUUCGGCGCCGAGCUGAGCAGCGGCACCAAGGAAACAGCCUUUAUAUAUGCAGUGACGGCGGCAGGCCUUGUACAUUCAGUGACUCGAUCAUGCAGUGCAGGAAAUAUGACUGAGUGCUCGUGUGAUACAAACCUGCAAAAUGGUGGCUCAGCCACUGAAGGCUGGCACUGGGGUGGCUGCUCUGAUGACAUCCAUUAUGGAAUGUGGUUUAGCAGAAAGUUCUUAGAUGAGCCUAUUAAGAAUAUAACUGGAAAAGACGGGAACGGACUGAUCUCAAUGAACCUGCACAAUAACGAGGCUGGAAGGCAGGCUGUAGCAAAGCUGUUGUCAGUGGAUUGCCGUUGUCAUGGAGUUUCUGGGUCCUGUGCUGUGAAAACUUGUUGGAAAACUAUGUCUUCAUUUGAAAAGAUUGCAGUAUUUAAAGAUAAAUAUGAAAACAGUAUACAGAUAUCAGACAGACUAAAGAAAAAGCUACGCAGGAAAGAAAAAACCCAACGGAAAAUACCAAUCCGCAAGGAAGAUCUUCUCUACAUAAACAAGUCGCCCAACUACUGCGUAGAGGAUCGCAGACUCGGGAUUCCUGGAACACAGGGAAGGGAAUGCAACCGCACUUCAGAGGGACCAGAUGGUUGCAACCUUCUCUGCUGUGGCCGUGGUUACAACACUCACGUGGUCAGACACGUGGAGAGGUGCGAAUGCAAGUUUGUCUGGUGCUGCUAUGUACGCUGCAGAAGGUGUGAGAGCAUGACUGAUGUUCAUACCUGCAAAUGA